AUGCGCAAAAAGACAAAGACCACCGUCAUGGCCUCGCAACAAUCAAGCAAAGACGGCGAUCUUCAACUUGGAACCAAGGACGAGGACGCAAAGACCAAGGGCGAAGCCAAGACAGACAUCACGGACGGCUACGACAUGCUGGAGGACGAGUUUGUACAGGACAUGCUGCAGGGACACGACCAUACGAUCACGGACGGCUACGUUGAUUCGCCUUGGUCGCCGCCGCCAGAGGCGGUCGAGGCAAACAAGAGAAACAAGGGCGAGAAAAAGAAGAAGAGGAUGGGCUUUUGGAAAUCCAGGCGGAACAAAAACAAGAAGGAUGAUGAUGAUGACGAGGAGGAGGGGAAGGAUGUGGGCAAGGUGGACGACGGAUACAUGGAUAUCGCCAAGGAUUUCGUCUUUAGGCUGCUCGAUAUCAGUGGCAUCUCGGGCAAGUUGACUGGGCCUACGGAGAGGUGA